UGAAAGAGGGACAGGAAAGCUUUGAGUCAGCUUCAGUCCUCUGUGUUCAGCGGAUUUCAGACUGGUGUGAAAUUCAUAUUCCAGGACAAGAAGGUGCUUGUGUUGGGACGGGCAUGUCAGUGAAACUACGGUUUGAGUGCCCAGCUGAGGGCGGCAUGGUUCAGAGGAGUCGAUCCUUCACUGGAUUCAGCACCAUCAGCGGCAGACACAGGUCCUCAUCAGUGCGUGGAUCUCUCAGAACCAAAGUCUUCGCGGGGAGAUCUCCAAGAAUGUCUCCCUCCACUCGGCUUGGCAGCAGUGUCUGGGGACAACAGCCAGAACAGGUGGACAGAAUCUUUCAGGCUCUGAGGAAAGGGCUGAAGGAGUACCUGGAAGGGCACCAACUUGAACUGGACUUCCUGUCUUCCCAGCAAAGAGAUACCAAGAGGAACUCCAGACUGGCUUUUUUCUAUGAUCUUGAAAAGGAGAUUCGAGCUUUGGAGAGAUAUGUGCGCAGACUGGAGUUUCAUAUCAGCAAGGUGGAGGAGUUGUAUGAGACGUACUGCAUCCAGUGGAGGCUGUGUCAGGGAGCUGUGAACAUGAAGAGGGCCUUCUCCCUCUACCCGUCAUCUCGCGCCUCCAGAGAGAGCCUGCUAGAGCUCAGUCGCAACCACAGACACAGCCUGGAGGACAUGAGUGUUAUAGAGACUGAACUGGAAAUCCUGCUGGGCGAGUUACACAUAAAGAUGAAAGGACUAAUUGGUUUUGCUCGACUGUGCCCUGGAGAUCAGUAUGAGGUGCUGAUUAAACUGGGAAGACAAAGGUGGAGAAUCCGAGGUCGGAUCCAGACAGAUGAUGAACAGGCAUGGGAUGAAGAGGAGAUGGUCUUCCUCCCUCAUAUCCAUGAGAACUUUGAGAUAAAAGUGACAGAGGUGAAGGGGCUGGGCUCCAUUCUGGUUGGCAUGGUAACGUGUAAAAGUGCAGACUUCUUCAUGGCGCGGCCACAGAUAAUGGUGGUGGACAUCACAGAACUGGGUACCAUCAAGCUACAGCUGGAAGUUGUCUGGAACCCGUUUGACAGUGGAGAGACAAAACCAAUGGUGUCGUCCGCCAGUCGUCAGUCCCUCCCCAGCAGGAAAGGCUCAGUCUACAGCUGGACCCCCCCUAACACACCCAGCUUCUCUGAGAAGUAUUUCAUCUCUAUGAUGCGACAGUGGCAGGAUGCUGACAGCCCCCUCCUGUUGCGUUCCAGACCCAUGCGGGGGGUGUCUCUGUUCAGUUAUCUGUCUGACUGCUCCCCAGCCCUAACACCUCACACAUACAAGAGCAGGAGCCUUUCCCACAUCUCCCCGGAGACGCCCUCAGACACAUCCCCAGGGGAGGAGCUGCUGAAGCCCCCCUUGGAGGAUGAGGCUGACGACUGGUCCGCCGAUCCCAGCCCCAGUCUGGACGGAAACCAGCAUGAUUCCACACUCAUGCUCCAUCGUUACAGCACUCCGGACAUUCUGAAACAGAACAGAGAGACGGUGGAUGAGGGAGUGCAGAGCAGAACUGUGACAGGUGGGCAGGAGGAGACGGGGCCGGUUGGGGAGGUGCUGUCAGAGGAGAAGGUCCCGGUGCAGCCAGCAGUCAGUGGCACUCAGAUGAGGGCAGCAGCUCUGACACUGAGUACGGUCCUGAGAGAGCUGGACAACAUCCUGGAGAACACGACCCUCACCGAGCCUGAGCUCAAGAGACUGGACCAACAGAUACAGCGACUCAACGAGAUCCUAAAGAAUGACCUAGAGUCGCUGAAGAAUUCCUCCACAGAGACGCUGGCUGUAGAGGAGGUGUUGGGCAGUUUUGACUUCCUGUCCACAGACUUUAACGCAGAUGAGGUGUCGUGCAUGGGCAGUAUGAGCCUGAGGGAAACGGGGAUCAGUACGUUUCAGGAGAACACCCUGAGGAGUCUGGGUCUCCUCUCUCAGGACUCCUCCACGGCCAUGGAGAGAGACGGCCGUACCUCCAGGGGCAGGAAAAGCCCUGGACAGCAGGUGCCACUCAGCAUGGGGGACCACAGCCUGGACCAGGCCUUAGAGGUCCACUUGGGCGUCUGCAUGGUCCUGCUGAGGGCACUGAGUCGGUCGGAUUCUGAUGCUGUACGGAAGGACAUUCUAGAAGAACUGUCUCGACAAACUGAUGUGGUUGAAAAAAUGGUCAAGUUGUCACUGGGAAAGAUGGACAAGCUCUUGAUAUCUGACUUACUGCCUACAGGUCCCAGGUCAAAGGGCAUUCGGGCAUUCUGGGAAGAGUGUAUAGACGGUCACUCCCUCUUCUGCUGCACCGCAGACAGGUUUCUCAGCACUCUGAAGAAACGUUUCAUACACAAGGUCAAAGCAAAGCGGCCCGGCCAGUCUGAUGCAGUGUUUAUACAGUUGCUACAGCAGAUCCAGGCUGGUUGCAGGAUGGUGCCUUUAGCUCAGUACACCCCAGACAGAGUGACGGUCUUCCAGCUUCAGGUCUACCUCAGCAGAUGGAAUCUCACUGAUUUUGGAGAGCACAUCUCCCAACUCUCAAGAGAAGUGUAUUUCCUGUCCCGUCUGGAAACCCCAAAGAGGAGGAGGGCCCUGAGGAAGCUCAGAGGGAAACGGAUCUCAGAGCUGCAGCCUCUGUGGAGAACCCUGCAGCUCCUGGCCCUGCUGCAGGUCGACCCCAAUCCUAAAGUUGCCCAGGCCGCCGCCACCUGUCUCUGCAGGGCCUCGGGCUUAAGGGCCUUCAGGUCAAAGGCUGUGGUGUACUACACUGAGCUGCUGAGAGACAGUGAUAUACGCCAGCAGCAGGCAGCGUGUCUCGCCCUCAAAUGUCUCAAGGCAACGGAGAGUGCAGACCAGGUGGCUGAGCUCUGGCGUUCUGCGGACGAGGACUUGCGAAACGCUGCCAGAGAGACCGUGCUGUCUUUCGGUAAAAAGGGUCAUCUGGCAUUCCAGCGUAUGGACAGGAUCUGCAGUGAGUUACAGGAAGAAGCAUAUCGCAAUCUGGACACAGAGACCACCAUCUUAUAGAGACCUCCUCCUAACACAGCUCCUCUGUCAGGGUCAAAGGUCAAAAUAUCAUUCUCCCUAACAGGGCAGCACAAAAUGGAUAACAGUAUUAAUUAAAGCUUCACAUAUAUGGGAGUAGUCUUGACAUGAUUAUAUAAACCUCCCUACCCUUGGUGGCAAAAUGCUUAGCCAAUCAACACACUGCAAAAGGACUCCAUGCAAACAAAUAGGGGACGCACAGUGACAAGAACAAACGCAUGAGAGUGAAACAUGAAGCACAAAAACAUAAAACAAGAGAUGAAACCACACGCACACACCUAGUGUUCAGGAGUAACAUAGAGCUAUGACCAGUUAGAUCACAUUUAACAAGAUGCUGAAUUUUGGAGGAGAUCCACAACAGAAGUGCUCCAGGAAGCAGGAGGCCGUGUCUGGGACAUGGCUCACAUGUGCUGCGUUGAGCAGAAGUAAUCAGUAGCAGCAGUGUUGAAAGACAGAAUCUGCUGUUAAAGAGAGAGGGAAACACUCAUUUAAAUUCAGACACAUGAAAAUGUUUCUUACCCAUGAUGAGACAAAAAGUUGUCUAACAUUUCUGCAUAAAUGUUCCAAAUUCUUCCCACUAUUUAAAAGCAUUACAACCAUUACAUAGCAACAGCCAUCCCCUCAGUCUCGCUCAGAGCCCUGUAGUUGCUAGACCACUUUUACUGUCAGUUUCCCAUAAUGCAGUGUUUUCUCGUGUUUUUGUUUCUGUCAUACUGCCCUCUUGUUCUCUGAUGCCGUUGGAUCCUUUCGAUUUCUUCCUUAUUUAU